AUGGAUCGGCCUGGUGGAGACUUACCACAGGAAAGGACUAUCAAACCAAAGCUAAUGUUCCUGACCAAGUUCGCUGAGCAGAGAAAGGAGCUGUUACGGAUGCUGCGCGAAACUCAUCCCUCAUUCUCGUUCCAGGUGAACGACAAGGAGAAAGCUGUGCAGGUGAUUCGCGGUGGAAAUGGCUCAGAUGUACCAAUCCCGGAGAAAUGGAGGUCGGCACGGCACAUCGUCAAGGACUUCCUCAACAAGAUCUGCGCGGACAAAGUGCUCACCGUCGCAGGAGUCACUGCAAAGCAGCUACUGGAUAACAAGCAACUCCUCGACUUUGCAUCGAGCUACGAGGUCCUUCCAUUUAUCAUUUCUCGCAAAGGCGACCAGGAGGAAUCGUACGUGCUCAGAGGGAAUGAGAUCUUCGUCAAGGCAGAAACUCCUGAUGAUACGUUUAUCAAGGACAGAACUCAAGAGAAGUAUGGGAUUACUAUUCAGUCUGUGGGGCGCUGGGGCAAGGAGAUGAUAGCAAGGCUGUGUCUCAAAACGCAUCCGGAGGGUCCUGCUCUUGAAGAGGCCAAAGCGAAGCUCCUGAAAGUGAGUACGGGUUCUGUCUGCUUCAAGGCAGUGCCUUUCGAGGUCCUUCUGGUAAUGACGUGUCCGAAGCAUUGGGGCGAUACCGAGCUUGAGCUCUUCAAGAAACGAGUCGGUUGCAAGUUUAAGCUGGAAAGCGGUCCCCUGCCACGUGCGCAGCUUGCUGACUCCUUCACAGCACACCUGGUGUCCUGCACCCCUGCCACCAGGACGAAGCUGAAGGAUUGCAAAGAGCCUGGCGUAGCUUUCGCUCUGCCCGAUGUCGACGCGUACACCACUGUCGUCCUUGUCUGGCGCAAAGGCAAAGAGUCAAAUGCCGACCUUGUUGAGGACUAUCUGCAGAAUAUGACCUGCCCCACUGCGCAUUCGCAGACCGCACGCCCGCAUGAGAUUGGGCAGACUGCUCAGGUCAGCCUGCUGACGGGGCACGUGAAAGAGCAGCAGGAACAGUAUAACCUCUGGAGGUACUCGUGGAGUGCGAUUGAGCAGCAGAUAUGGGACCUCUUCCGCGUUGAGGUGAACCUGGAGCACAAGCAAACCAGGCCUGCUGCCAAGCUGACGGGAACUGCCGCCGCCCAAGCCUCUGACUGGCUCAAGGCUCGGGUACGCCAAGUUGUCGUGCAGCAGCACAACUUCCAGAAGGUGAAGGAGAGGUACGCGCAGUGGCGCCGUUGUGCAAUGGACGCUCUGAAAGAAAAGACUGACAUGCUUGGCCCCGCCGGCUCUGCCGCGGAAAGGCAAGAUACAGCGGGCAACAUCGGCUACUACAUUUAUGCGGAUGGAAUGUUGAAGCUAGCAUGCUUUCGUGAGGAUGAAGGGAUGUGCCGCCAGAUCUAUGAUGAGAUUUGCUCCUUCUGCUUGGAUUACAAGGAACUGGAGUGGUGCAUGCCUCCCAGGUCGACAGUACCGGACGACCUGUGGCGAAAGUUUGGCGCAGUAAGGAACACGCCAGAAUUUCUGCAGAACCUGAAGGCCAGUUUCAAGCUGGCCAUCGUUCCGGAGUGGCACGCAAGUUCGCUUCGAUUGUGCGGGAGGGGUUCGCAUGUUGACGCAGCCUUUGGCAACCUCGAUUGCCAGCUGGGUGUGUGGACAGACCGAAGGAUUUUGAACAUGCCGCACAUUGAUGCCUCUUGGCCGCUUACUGCUCUUGAGCUGCACAACUGUGCAGUCGGUUUGACGCGAGAGAAACUUCAACCACUCAAGUCACGAAACCAGGCCGAUGCACCAAACUACAAUUUGAGUUUCGAUUCGUUUGAUGCUAGGCUCCAGAUUCCAAAGCCGAUUCCAACUGAUUCACUGACAUGCUGCACCCUAGGGUUCGGAGAGAUUGGCCGUACCAACGAUGUUGUCUAA